AUGUCGGACUGUGAGCGGACUCGGGAGGCGGCGGCGGGCGGCGAUGGCGGCUCACCCGUCCCGGCGGCGCCGGGCCGCGCCCAGGUCUUCACCACCGUGGUGGACACCUUUCUGGAGAAGCUGGUGGCAGCCGGGAGCUACCAGAGGUUUGCAAACUGCUACCGCUGCUUCUACAAACUACAGCCCGAGAUGACCAGGAGCAUUUACGAUCAGUUUAUAUCCCAGCUGCAGACGUCCAUCAAGGAGGAGAUCCAGGAGGUAAAGGAUGAAGGGAAUCUGGAGGUGCUCUUUAAUUCACUGGAUAAGAUCGUGGAGGAGGCAAAGAACCAGGAAGAGCCUGCGUGGCGUCCCAGCGGGAUCCCGGAAGAGGACGUUCGCAGCGCUAUGGUGCCGUACCUCCUUAAGCACAGGUCGUACUUGCGGAAAGUCCUAAAGGAGAAAGAGGAGGAGAACAGGAAGGUGGCGGAGUCUGUGCUCGCGGGGAGGGAUAGGAUUGCAGAGCUCCAGCAGCUGAUACAAGCUCGCAAACAGGCCUGGCAGGCAAUUAGUAAAGAGCAACGAGAACUCAUCAUGACGUUCAAGGAGCCCCAGUGAGGACGCGGGGAGAUCCUGCACGUUUCGCGGGGAGGAUUUUACCCUCCUCUCGGAAGCGCUGACGCCGCGGUGGGAAGUGGGACUCUGCGCGUGGCGGAUACCAGCCACGCAAACUCGCGUUCGUCUUGUCAGGCCAGGAGAAACUUGCGGUUGGACUGAAAAGCUGCCGGACUUGCACAAUUUGAUCAAAGUUUGUGAAGAAAUAAAAAAGAACAUAGAAGGAUCUUUGGAAAUAGAUGACCAUUUCCUAUUCCCCGCUCAGCUCGACAGGGAGGAGAAUCCUACAGAUCUGAUAGCCAGAGCGUGUCUGUACACUCACGCGCUUCUUCGGCGCUCUGACGGGUGUGAUUCCAGCUUACUAAAGCCAAAUUUGUGGCCUUGAAGGUAUUUCGGAUGUGCGUUAGAGAAAAAUUGGUGCCUUAUGCACAGAGGCCGUGCUGUGCACGGGAAUGAGGGAGCUACAGGGAGCUGUAGCGCACGAAGCCGGCAGCCGGCUCAGCGCUGCCAUGGCGUUUUGUACAGCUUGGAGCUCAAAUAGCCACGUCGGACUCUUUUGCCGCCGUUUUGCAGUGUUCGUUUUCAGUAUCUUUAAACGAUUCUCCGCCCGUGACCCAUCGGAACGGACGCGUCAGCAGCCGCCUUAUCACAUCGAGUUCCUCGUUGCCAUUUAUUCUUUUUUUCCGGUUAUUUUCCAAGCCUGCUCCCCUCCCAGCAGAUACGCGCUGAGGACCGCAGUAGGAAGGAUCCGGGGGAUGUGUGUGUGUGUGUGUGUGUGUGGAGACGAGCAGAGGUUAGAAUGGCCCUGCCUCGACUUUGUGGGCUCGUGGCAAAGGGAUGUAAUGUUUUCCUGUGAAACCUCCGUGUUGACUUCUGGAACCAAACUGGGUUUGGUUUUACCCAUCUGGAGUUGUUCUUUACCAUCUCAUCGGAAGUUUGCCAGCUAGGGAAGCAGGGACUGGCCGGAGUCUGCCUGCCGGGGCGUUAGCGAAGCUCUGCAAGUGAGGUGUAUCUUCAAAAUGAAGAAAAAGUUGUUCCUCUGGGCCGGGCAGAUAAGGAGGAGAGUCUUACUGAGCCUGACAAGGACUGCUUGCGAGUCUCUUUCCAACAGACACCGGAUCCACCAAGGGCAGCAGGUUCUCCGGUCACUUGUCGUCCUCCUCGCUUGUUGUGCUCUUCGGCUGUUAGUGCGUGCUGUCCCAAGCAGAGGCUGCGCCCUGCGUGGUGGGGAAAGACAAAUUCUGGGAACGACGGUGGCGAUUUCCACCGAGCACAAACCUCUGUUUUCAAUUAGUGGCAGCCGGAGCCUGCGAUUGACUGACUUCGGCAUAUUUUCCUUCUGUCGUAAACAAGCCUUCCCUCGCUGCAUUAUAAUCUAAAUAAAUUGGAGCUGUUGUUCUCCCGGUCUU